UUUUGUAUCUUUCUCUCAAUUCCAUCCAACCAAUCCCUUUCAUUUAUAAUUUGGCUAUGGAAAACCCGUCCUUCAAUCCAACGGUUAAAAGAGCGCCUACAAGCUGUGUGAAAGCGGCUUAAAAACGGCUUUUGGGCGCCGAACGAAAAGAACGGUGCUUUUUUAUCAGGUCAGUGAAAUUCAAAAACGGAAAAUAAAAAAAGGAAAAAAUUUGGGAAUACCAGCUUGAAUUGCGCUAAAAAUUUGUUCAGUUUUGUCUCGAGUCAACAAUGGGAUUUCUGCAAAAGGCCGGAUCACAGCAACUCUCUUAUCUUUCUCUUCGCGCGUAAUCGCCGUCGCCUUUUCCUGCGAUUGUUUCUCCUCUUGUAUGGACGAGUGAAGAAGUGAAUACAUUCUCUCAGACGAAGCUGUGAUUGUUAAAAAUUGAAAAGUUCAGCAAUGUCGGGUAGGAACGAUCAUCAGACCGUCACUCUUUCGGUGCUGCUAAAGCGUGAACUGGCCAAUGAGAAGAUAGAGAAGCCAGAUAUUGUACAUGGUCAGGCUUAUCAAAGCAAGAAAGAAGAGGACUUUACGCUGCUUAAAAACGAGUGCCAAAGAGCAAUGGGUGAUGGAGUCACCACAUUUUCUGUAUAUGGGCUAUUUGAUGGGCAUAACGGAACUGCAGCUGCUAUUUACACAAAGGAGAAUCUAUUGAAAAAUGUUUUAAGUGCUAUUCCUUCACAGCUUAAUCGAGAUGAAUGGACAGCGGCACUUCCACGAGCCAUGGUUGCAGGCUUUGUUAAAACAGAUAAAGAUUUUCAAGUGCAAGCACGGAGGUCGGGAACAACUGUCACCCUUGUAAUAAUAGAAGGAUGGGUUAUAACUGUUGCAUCUGUUGGUGAUUCCCGUUGUGUUCUUGAAUCUGCUGAAGGUGGCAUCUAUUACCUCUCAGCAGAUCAUAGGCUUGAAUUCAAUGAAGAGGAGAGGGACCGUGUCACUGCUAGUGGGGGUGAAGUGGGUCGGCUCAAUGCUGGUGGUGGUGCUGAGAUUGGUCCUUUGAGAUGUUGGCCUGGAGGUUUAUGUCUUUCACGAUCUAUUGGAGAUAUGGAUGUUGGCGAGUUCAUUGUUCCUGUUCCUUAUGUAAAGCAAGUGAAGUUGUCUACUGCUGGCGGUAGACUUGUAAUAUCAAGUGAUGGUGUUUGGGAUAAUUUAUCAGCAGAAAUGGCUCUUGAUUGUUGUCGUGGGAUGCCAGCAGAAGCUGCAGCUGCACAAAUUGUCAAAGAAGCUGUACAUGCAAAGGGACUUCGAGAUGAUACAACCUGCAUUGUGGUUGAUAUAUUACCGCAGGAGAAGCCAGCAGCUCCUGCGGCCCAACCAAAGAAGCAGGUAAAAGGAGUGCUUAAGUCAAUGUUUCGCAGAAAAUACCCUGAAUCAGCUUCUACUGCAGAAAAAGAAUAUGUUGAGCCAGAUGUGGUGGAGGAAUUAUUUGAGGAGGGAUCUGCUAUGCUUUCAGAAAGGUUGGAUACAAAAUACCCUCUAUGCCACAUGUUUAAGUUGUUUAGGUGUGCAGUCUGUCAAGUGGUGAUGAAACCUGAAGAGGGUGUUUCAAUACAUGCUGGUUCAUCUAAUUUAGGGAAGCUGCGUCCCUGGGAUGGCCCUUUUCUUUGUUUAAGCUGCCAAGAGAAGAGAGAAGCUAUGGAAGGAAAAAGACCAUCAGGAGCAAGAUAUGGCAGUGACAGUGACUAGCCUGGCCUCCUCGGUUAUGUUUGCAUUUUGUGAGCUCUAACAAUUGUUUAAAAGUUGUUAAUAAUGGGAAUAUGGAGCUUUCUUACAGCACUAAAUCCCUGUAGUUUCUCUUGGGGUUUUGGCUAUCUGAUCCAGCAUUAAUUUCAGGACCAAUGCACAUCUCCUUGUAAUGCUUCCAUGAUUCAAGUGGUAAGAUUCAGAUAAAGAGUGCGCUUCGGAUAUCUGUUUUCUGACUUCAGGAAAAUUGUGCUUCCUGUCCCAUAAACUUGUGAAUGUGUAGUGACACAUUGGAGGUUAUUCAGUUUUCUGUCUGGAUCAAUUGUACACUGGUCACUGGCCCAUAAAACUAACAGUGAAUUAUAGCGGCCUUAAGUUUGAUCUUAUGAUGUAGGGAGUUUGAUGAGUACUUACAAAUUUGUUCAAAAUCAGGGAAAACCUGUGAGUUCAGCUUGCUGAAUGAAUUUGUUCAUGUCGCAUUAGUUUAAUUGGAUCUGUCCUUUAACACGAUAGAAGCUGAACCUUCAAAAUGGAUAGUCAGAAAUUACAAUUUUUUGCUUUCCUUUCUAGAAAUCUGUCUUUAUUCUUUGUUAAUCAGUCUGUUGUAUAAUUUGUAAGUGGGUCAAUUUAACUCUUCAAAUAUUAUUAAAAGUUAUGUCACAUUCUGUUAAUAAAAUUUUCAUUUAAGCGAA